AUGGCAAUACAUACCGGAAGUCUCAUUCGUGUAUUAUUUGUGUUAUUGAUUGUAUUUUUCUCAAUAUACUUUUUAUCUUCCCCUCUCACCAGUAUAGACAAUGAAUCAACUUUUGAUAAAGUUUAUUCAUCAUUAGAUCUACUUGAAGCGAGUCGUAGACGUCAUCAAGAAUUAGAAACCGCCUUAGUAGAAACUCGUAUAGAAAUAACCGAUAAGCUUAAUGAAUUCUCUUUUCAUUCUUCAAUUCCAGGUUCAAAUAUUAAAACAAGUGAAGACUUGUUAAAAUUUAGGAGUUAUAUGGAAUGCGUUACAACAAAAGGGAAAUGGGUUUAUGAUGAUACACCGAGAGCUUUCCUCAUACAUAAACUUGAACCCCUUUAUGGAAAAUGUGAUAGUAAUUUUAUUCCUUUAAAUAAGAAUUCUUCGAUCGAAGAGUUAUGGAGUAAUGCUAGAAAUUCAAUAAAAUAUAAAUGGAAAACCCCCAACGAAUGCCCUUUACCAA